AUGUAUCCAAAUUACGAAAAAAAUGGCGAUGCGUCAGCUAAGGACAUCGAUGUUGCGAUGAAAUUAGGGGCCGGAAUUCCUAUGGGUCCACUAGAACUGGCUGAUUUUACUGGUCUCGAUACAAAACAGGCUAUUUUAAAUGUAAUGCUGCAGACUACUGGUGACCCCGUAUUUAAACCUAUUCCCUUGUUGGACAAGAUGGUCAAAGAAGGGAAAUAUGGAAGAAAGACUGGGGAGGGUAUUUAUAAUUAUUAA